CCCUUGCUGCUUUUCUUUUUCUUCCACGGUUCCACCUUUCUAGUUAGGGUAUUGGGCAGCUGAGCUGAAGGAGACGCCCACACACUUGUUCUAACAUAGUAAAGUAGCGAUCUCCCAUGGAUACUGAACAGCAGCAAUACGAGGUCGACCUUGGCCAUCUGAUGUCUUUUGACCCUCAUCACCACUUCCCCUCUGUCCCUUCUUCCAGGGAGGACUUGGUGGAGGAAUGUGUUAGAAAGGGCACUGAUCUGGUUCAAGCUAUUGUAGUCAGUCUUUUCAACUUACCUUCAACUGAAGAUGUAGAUGGUCCACUUGUCAAGUUGCCUUCCCCAACAACGAAAUUGCCCAGAGAGAAGCAUUUGCCAAAGCCCAAACCUCCUACAAAAUGGGAAUUGUUUGCCAAAGCGAAAGGUAUAAAGAAACGAAAGAAAGACAAGGUGUUGUGGGAUGAACAAACUGGCGCUUGGAAACGUCGUUAUGGAUAUGAUCGUGUUAAUGACGAUGAAGAUAUUCCCAUCAUUGAGGCCAAGAUGACUGAUGAGCCAGGGGAGGAUCCAUUUGCCAAGAGAAAAGCAGAGAAGAAGAAAAGAGUAGUAAAACAAGAGAAGAAUCGGUUGCAGAACUUGAAACAAGCUGCAAAAGCUGGUGCUUUGCCAAGCCACAUUCAGCUAGCUGCCACAGCUUUGCCCAUAACCGGAACCCCGGCUGCACCAAAGAUGGUUACCAAAGAUGAACUAGGAAAUGUAGCUGGACUAGCUGCAACUGCAACUGCCAGUGGUGGGAAGUUCGACAAGAAGUUGCCAGGAGAAAAGCCUGUUAAAAAGCAAGGAAAACAUCGCAAGUUUCUGCCAGUUGUGGAAGGUGCAGGGAUAGGCAGACAGGAGAAGGAGCAAACUGACAAAGUUCUGAGCAAAAUAUUCUCACAGCACUCCCAUGAGAUACUUAACGUUGAUAAGGCUGUUUCAAAGUACACUGUGAAGAAAGAGAAGAGUCGAAAGAAUCAGCAGGGGAAGUCUUCUACACCCUCAAGCAAGUUAAAAGCAAAUAGCAAACCUAUGAAAGUAAAGAACAAACCCAAUAAGAAGCCUGUAAAGGGGGGCAAGGCCAGCUUAUCAAAGAAGGCAAAAUGAAACUAAUAAUUAGAAAUAACUAUUUUGAUGUUAUAGAGUUUUGGCUGAGGUACACUAUGUUUAUUUAUAGUGAAUGAUAGAUCUUCAUGAUAAGAUCAAUUGUUACUUUUUUGCAGACAGAGUUUUAUAGUUUCUCAAGUUAA